CAAAUGAUGGAUUAUGCCAGAGAGUUUUAAAAGCAGUCUAUCAGCAGAGAGUUUUUACGGGCUCUGGUAGGCUAUACAUAUUAUAACCUUUUAGGUUAUAAUAUUUCUCAAACAUUUCUUGCAGACUGUUGUCAAGGCACUGUUAUUCCUAAUGUGUCAAACACGUGUCAAAGUUCCUGUAUCUUCCUUGCGCCUCUGGGUUCCACCGCUGAGAUUACUGUCGGCGUUCCUGUGGCAGGUGGCAGCGAAGCGGCAGGUCACAUACUACACCAGGGUGGAGGAGUUUGUCUCAGUCGUUUUGGAGACGGUCCCACACCUACUGAGUGCUAAGGAAAGGGUUGAACUUCUCCUUGGCCUGAGAGCUAAGUUUAUUUUAGAUUUAUGCCGCAAGCUUCCAUCAGUGACUCUCAAGGCAAUGCAGCCACACCUGAACAAAUUUUCUAAGAUUGCUGAGUCUGUCUCCAUUGAUGGGAGUGAGCGUACAACCGUAGACGCCGCUGUGAGAGGCUUUGUGGCGCUCGUCCAAACCCUUCUGCGGAGUCCACCAGACAGGGAUCAUUUCUUUCAGGAUAUUUACCCAUUGCAUUAUGGUCCCACAUAUGACACAGCACUGCAGAUACUUGUGUGGAAAUUCCUCAGCAGACUGGAAAUGUUAUUGCCAGUGCCCAGCUUCCAUAUGUUGCAGGCAGCCACUUGGUUUGACAAAGACCCCUCACUCUUGGAGGAUUCUCUACAAAUGGUUUACGACACAAAGAAAGUUAAAAAUUUGUUGCUGCAAUUCAAAGAUUGUGCACAUUUGACCCCUGAAUCCUCGCCUUCGCCGAUCUUGGGAAACACCGUUUUCUCAACAUUAUCUGUCCCUUUCACUGUUAAGACAGUUCACCCCUGUAAACACCGUGAGCAAUGUGUGCUAACUGCCCAUGACAGCCAUGACUCUAAGGAUGGGGCAGAUACACUUGACAGGGAUGAAGAGGGCGGAUUAAGAGAUGUGGACGGGGCAGAUGAACAGAGAGACGUGGAUGAAGAUGAUAGACCUGAGGAUGAAGAUGAUAGACUUGAGGAUGAAGAAGAUAAACGUGAGGAUGAAGAAGAUAAACUUGAGGAUGAAGAAGAUAGACCUGAGGAUGAAGAUGAUAGACUUGAAGAUGAAGAAGAUAGAAAUGAAGAAGAUAGACCUGAGGAUGAAGAUGAUAGACUUGAAGAUGAAGAAGAUAGAAAUGAGGAGGAACAUGAUCCACAGAGGAACCUUCAUCAAGGCAGGCAGAGAAAUGUGGAUGAAACACAUCUGAAUGAUCAGAAAGUGAACGAGAAAGAUCAACAUAAUGGUCACGUGCGUGAUCAUGAGAGACUAGUAAGCAGCAGGAGUGAGCAAGAGGACCUGGCGUCCUCAGUAGAAGAGUCUGGGGAAAAGAGAAGACUUUCAUCCCAAACCCAGCAGUCAAAUGGGCCCCUGCAUCACAAAUGCCCUGAAUGUGGCAAACACUUCCGUCGUAAAUCUGAACUCACUGAGCAUCUGACCAUUCACACGGGUGAGAAGCCUUUUCUCUGUUCUCACUGUGGUAAGAGAUUUAGAGCGAAAAGCGUUUUGGUUCGCCACAUACGUGUGCAUACGGGGGAACGGCCCUUCUGCUGUUCAGUCUGUGGGAAGACGUUCACCCAGAGGUCAGCCUGGAAUUUUCAUAUGCGGGUGCACACUGGAGAGAGACCGUACUUGUGUUCUUUCUGCGGCAUGAGUUUCUCUAUCACGUCAAAAUUGAACAUUCACAUGCGAAUUCAUACAGGAGAGCGUCCUUUCAAGUGUGAGCUCUGUGGGAAAGGAUUCCGGAUGUCCGGGAUGCUGACCAACCACAGGAGAGUCGUCCACGCAAAGGAGAAACCAUAUCGUUGCUCCGUAUGCCACAAGCGAUUUUCCGAUUCUUCCAAAAUGCGGAGACAUAUGCGAGUGCAUACAGGGGAGAAACCCUAUGAGUGUGUGCUGUGUGGAAAACGAUUUUCACAGAUAGGGAAUAUGAGAAUACAUAAACGUGUGCAUAGGUGACAUCCCCGACUUUAUAAUGAUUUGUGUAAUGGCGAGGCCAUUCACUCUGAAAUGUCAGCCCAGAUAGUAUUAAAUGUGUACAACUAAGUUUGGCGAUUGUACACAGAGUCUGCCUGUUCUUAUUCAAAUGUUGAUGUUGACAUCUAUUGAUAAUAGUUUUCUUAACUCUUAAAAUGCUGAAGACUUGUAGGAGGGGACUCUUGAAAAUUAAUAUUUUUUGGUAAUGGAGCAUUUCAUAAUUUCAAUGUUUUCUCUGACAUUGUAUCCAGUUGUUUUAAAAACUUAUACAGACAAGUGUUGAA